AUGUCGGUCAUUGAACUAGGGGAGUCGCUUCCAGCGCUGACGCCUCAUGCGACAAGUGUUUCCCUCCCCAAAUGGAGCGACAACAUUGGCUAUGAAGAGGGCCAAGAAAGAGUUUUGAGCAAGUUGGUGACAGGCUACCCUCGGUUUUUCAUCCAUAAGCUCAUUGCCGCCUUUGCUGAGGAUAUUGUCACGAAGUUCGGCAUUCCUGGUGAACAAGCAAUGCUGUUCCCAUCCACUAGGACUGCUAGGAGAUGUGUGGACUUCAUGCACUCAAGAGAUUCAUCAAUAUCUGCCGAACGGAUCCGUGUAGUUGAUCUUGUGCUGGACGUGAGUCGGACAGAUUCAGAGAUGCUUAAGAAGCUCUCACCAGCCAUAUCCGCUGUCAUAUAUCCCAAAGAUUUCUUUCCCCUUGCCAAACAGUACUGGCAGCAUUCAGGCGAUGGCGUUCAGAGCAGACGCGCUGAGUUCUGCCACGGACUUUUCCAGGAAGGAAUUUUGGUGGAGAAGUCUGUUCUUCAACCCCUCGCCAAUGGCUUCCACAAAGGGCCAAAACGAUACCAGAAAGGAUCCAUUGAUAAAACACCGCCCAAAGCACAACAAAACGGAACAGAUGUUACCAAUGGACCUAGUGAUUCUGCGCCGAACGGAUCUUCUGAGAACCGCGAGAGCUCGCAGUUCUUGGAAGAACGUUUCGGUCGUAAUCUUGAUGUGUCAUUUGUUGACAACGCCAAGUCUGCGAUCCGACGUCGUAUUGCAGGUUCUCUCAUAGGAGAGGUCGACCUGUCCGCAACACCAGGUCCAUGUAUGGGCUAUAAUAGCCGUGGGAUGGCUGACAUCUCAGAGAGCGAUGUCUAUCUUUAUCCAUGUGGAAUGAACUCUAUCUUCCAUGCUCAUCGUAUGAUGCUGGAAGCCAGAGGACAGAUGAAGAGCAUUGCCUUCGGCUUUCCUUACGUUGAUACGUUGAAGAUCUUGGAAAAGUUUGGCCCAGGCUGCGUUUUCUACGGAAAUGGGGAGUCAGAAGACCUUGAUGACCUCGAAUCUCGACUAAAGUCGGGAGAGCGAUUUCUUGCACUAUUUUGCGAGUUUCCAGGAAAUCCAAUGUUGAAGUGUCCAGAUCUUCAACGAAUUCGGAAGUUGGCCGACGAAUACGAUUUCGGGGUGGUCGUGGAUGAAACCAUCGGAAAUUUUAUCAACGUUCAUGUUCUACCUUACGCAGAUGUGGUGGUUAGCAGUUUGACCAAGAUAUUCUCAGGGGAAUGCAAUGUUAUGGGAGGCAGCACCAUAUUGAACCCUCGAGGUCGAUACUACGAAGCAAUGAAAAAGGUUGCUGAAGUCGAGUACGAGGACAAUUGUUGGGCAGAAGAUGCAAUCUUUAUGGAGCGUAACAGCCGCCACUUCGUAUCCAGGAUCGAGAAAAUCAAUGGAAAUGCUGAAUUGAUUUGCGAGAUCCUACGAGCACACAACUUGGUCCAGGAUGUAUACUACCCCAAAUGCAACCCGUCGAGGCAGUUUUACGAUGCAUGUCGUACUCAGAACGGUGGAUAUGGUGGGCUACUUUCUUUGACAUUCAAGAAGACGGAGCAAGCGAUAGCCUUCUACGACCGCCUCGAGACUGCGAAAGGACCAAGUUUGGGAACCAAUUUCACCCUGGUAUCUCCUUAUGUCAUUCUUGCGCAUUUCCUGGAGCUUGACUGGGCGGCCAAAUUUGGAGUUCCGGGCGACUUGAUCCGUAUUAGUGUUGGUUUGGAGGAUGCAGAGGAUCUGACGUCGAGGUUCACAGUGGCCUUGAAAGCCGCGGAAGAAUCUACCACAUGA